AUGGCAUUGGGAUUUUGCUUUGAUGUAAUGAAAGUAACGUCAGGAAGAAUGAUGUUGACAGGUUCAAAAUCUUCAGCAACAUUAAAGGAUCGUAAUGAAGGAAUAGAAGGAUAUUGGCAAAGUCGAAGGAAAGCAUAUCAAGAAAUGGUAGAUAAACUAUAUACAGGAUAUAUGGAAAGAUUAAUCGGAGUACAACAACAACAAGCUCAAUAUUGGGAACAUUCUCAAUAUAUGUAUUCUCAACCUAGAUAUCAAAAUCAAAAUGGGGAUGUUUACGUGGAUGAUCAUAGAAAUGCCGAUGAUAGGAAUUAUGAAACUAAUUCUGAUGGUAUGAGUGAGGGAAGUUCCUUUAUGCCGGAUAUUAAAAUCACGGAGGAUACCUCUGCUACGAUUAUGGAAUAA